AUGUCCGACACAAAAUCAGGCGACCCAGAAAAGUCUUUCAGUUAUGGGCCGGGUGCUUCAGACGAUGUUGAUGAGGCCAGCUCGUUAGAACGUUUGAGCGACAACGUCCCUCGCUUGAAAUUUGCUAAACUCUGGGCCAUUGUCGAAUUUUUGGAUAAGUACGGCGUCGAAGCCCGUGGUAUCGAACGCGUUCCUUCAGACCAACGAACACAGAUGUGUAUGAUCUUCACAUGUCUAUCUGUUCACAUUAACCGUUUUUCGCUGUUAGACCCUUUAUCUGCAUUCUGGAUGUGGCUAGCAGCUAACAUGACGAUUGCGACUUUUUCUCUCGGAUGCUUAGGCGGCCCCGUAUUCUCCCUUGGCUUCAAGGAUGCUGCUUUAACGAUCAUCUUCUUCAAUCUUCUUUGUAACCUUCCAGUGGCUUACUUUUCCACCUGGGGUCCCAAGCUCGGUCUUCGUCAACUUACACUCUCUAAAUUUUCGUUCGGGUAUUUUACAUCGCAGGUCCCCAUCAUCCUCAACUGUAUAGCAUGUGUUGGCUGGUCCGUGGUCAACUCAAUUGUUGGCGCACAGACUCUACGUGCUGUAAGCACAGCGCAUCAAAUCCCGACCGCUGCUGCAAUUGUUGUGAUCGCUAUCGGUCCUAUAACGAUCUCUUUCAUGGGAUAUCGUGUGGUUCACCUGUAUGAGCAAUAUGCUUGGAUUCCUAUUAACCGUUUCAUCGAAAGCGAUUUCCGUAAUUCGGGAACCAUUGAAGCUGGAAACGUUCUUUCGUUUGGUGCAACGAUCGCUGGAUAUGCGAUUGGAUGGGUAAGCUACGCGGCAGACUACACUGUUCGCAUGCCCGAAGACAUGUCCUCUGUCAAGAUUUUUUUCUGGACAUAUCUCGGUCUCAAUGUUCCACUCAUCCUCGUGGAAAUUCUCGGUGCGGCAGCGAUGUCUACUUUCAACCAGAAGACGACCUGGGCAGACGCGUACGCAGAAAAUUCGGUUGGUGGUCUUCUCGGUGCCGGCCUUGCUGGACCAAUGGGCGGAUUCGGUUCAUUUCUUCUGGUAAUCAUGGCAUUGAGUAUCAUCGCGACCAAUAUUCCAGCCAUGUAUUCUUUAGCUUUGACUUUCCAGAAUAUACACCCAUAUGCGCAAGCCAUACCCCGAAUCUUCAUCGUGAUCAUCGGUAGUGUGGUCUAUAUCAUCCUCGCAAUCGCAGGUGCAAGUCAUUUUGUCGGGUGGCUGGAGACUAUGCUCGACAUCCUCGCCUAUUGGCUUGCCAUCUUCUCCGCUAUCCUCAUCGAGGAACAUCUCAUUUUCCGGCGCGGAAAAUGUUUCAUUGCGUUGUCUUGCGGGGUUGCGGGAGCUGUGCUCGGGAUGGCCCAGUCGUGGUAUAUUGGUGUCAUUGGAGGAAUGAUCGGAAAUCCUGAGUUCGGGGGUGAUAUUGGUUUCGAGCUGGCUUUUGCUUUCUCUGCUAUUGUCUACCCCCCUUUGCGAUGGAUCGAAAAAUUUUACUGGGGCUACUGA